AUGGCGGCGCUUCGUGCACAAAUCUUAGAAAACGUGGAGUUCCUCCUUGGCUCCGAUAAGACCUUUCAAGUUAUCACGGGAGUUGUUUACAUUUUCUCCCGUCGCACUGGAGAAAACACUCCUUAUAUAAGGUGUAUUGUUGUCGAGGUCAAUCCGGCCGAUGGCACAUUCCAAAGGCAUCUCAUUGGUGGCGCGAGGCAGUUUCUUGACGACGCCAUGAGUUCCUUGCUCCUUAAGACAGCAAGCCAGAUCGAAAAGAAGCUGGCACAGGCGUUGCAAGAGGAUACAGCAAUGGAGAAUAGCGACCUUGUCGUGAAAGGGUUACUGGGUUGGCGUGCCGUUUGA